CUGCCCGCCCCGUCCCGCCCCGCCCCGGAACGCGCCGUUGCGGGGCCCGGCAGCGGCCGCCAUGGCGGGGCCGCCGGCGCUCGGGGCCCUGCUCUUCCUGCUGCUGCCGCCGCCGCUCUGGGCAGCGGGGCCGAACGCGGAGCCCGCGGACAGCGCUGCGGGACCCGCGGCCCCCCCGGACCCCCGCGCUGCGCGGCCCCGCCGCGGGCCGGCCCCGCUCACGGACGUGGCCAAGCUGUGUGUGUGUGACCUGUUGGUGGCACAGUGUGAUGUGAACUGCUGCUGUGACCCCGACUGCAGCACAGCCGAGUUCAGCCUCUUCACUACAUGUUCAGUCCCUGUUGUCACGGGUGACAGCCACCUGUGUAGUCAGAAAGCUGCUGUAUAUUCACUUGAUGUUGAAGCAAAUCCACCAGAGAGGAUAUUUGAACUAACUGACCAAGUCAAUCCCAGUAUUUUCUGCAUUCAUGCUACAAACUAUGACCAAGCACUCUCCUUCAGUUCCCCUGAAAUGCCUACUGCUGAAAAUUUUGAUCAGUUGCUUGAGCAGUUUGGAAGUGCUGCUUUCAGUGCUGAGCCCGACACCUGGAACAUGGACCCAGAUGCUCAACAUCCUGCUGAUGCAAAUGAAACUUACAGAUAUGAGUUUGGUGUUCCUGUGCAGACAGUGGAUGCAUUUCUAAGACUGCCCAGUCCUGUUGUCACCUCUUGGUGCUCAGAUGUGAAUCCUGCAGCAUUUUUAGUAAACCAGGCUACAAAAUGCACAAGGUCAGUAAGUGUGGAGACGUGUGGCAGCAUCCAAGCAGUGAGUAUGGGCUUCUACAUCAACUCCAGCAUUUUAGCAGUGCCCAAAUCAAGUCAGAUGGUGAAUGUUACUGUCCAGUCUGUGAUUGUCCAGUCCCUGAAUGGAACACAGACUUUACUUAAUGGGAGUGAUGUCCUCAGGCUCCCUAGGAUUUUGGAUGAACUGUGCAUAAAUGUAGUUUUUAGGGUGAGUUAUCACAUUACAUACACAGACACUGGAGAAAUAAUAGAAGCAGCUGCUGCUUUUGUCUUGGGAGCAAUUAACAAAGAAGCACUUUCAAUCCAGCAGAGCUUUGAGAUCAGCUUUACCCAGGUGGAUACAACACCAGUCCCUCUCAGUGGUAAUCCUGGCUAUGUUGUUGGACUGCCCAUAAGAGCAGGCUUCAGGCCCCAAGGAUCUGGCAUCAUUCAGAACACCAACAAAUACAAUCAACUCACCAUUCUGCAGAGUACAUCCAACCAGGACUGUCUGGCAGCACAGGGGGCCAGAACCCCAAUAUUAUUUGGUUAUAACAUGAUAUCAGGCUGCAAGUUACGAAUUACUGCAGCUAUGAAAUGCCAGCCCUUGACUCAGACCCUCCUGGAUGUACUGAAGGGGCAAAGCUUUCCUGAAUAUGUGGCCUCGUUUGGAAAUUCUCAAGCCCAGGAUGUGCUGGACUGGGUGCCAAUAACUCACCUCUUCACUUCAGAACAGAGCUCAUGCCAAAUACCAGUAUCCCUUGAAAUAGAAGUGAAGUGGACUAAAUAUGGAUCCCUGGUCAAUCCCCAAGCCAGGAUAGUGAACGUUACAGCAACAAUCACUACCACCCCAUUGAAGCAGCUUCCCUCAGGAAGAGAGAGGAUUAUCCCUGUAACAAGUUCUGUUGUUUUCACUGAUAUUUCCUUACCUGCAGAGCCAGGCUACAAAGCCUGGCCCACAUUUAAUGUCAAGUUACCCUUUGAUUUUUUCUUUCCUUUUGUCUAAGCAGUGAAGUUAUGAUUUCAGAGCAGCUCAAUGACCCUUCCAGCUGACUCUGGCUCAAAGCAGUUGGAGACACCAGCUACAGCCAACACCUUUCAGAAUUGCCACUCACUGAAUCUUAACUCUUCAACUAUAAACCAGUCUCACCACAGGGACCUUCUAGUACCUGAAGAAGUUCACAUUGUGUUCAAACACCAGCUUGGUCCUUUUAAAUGUGCUUUCUAAUGGCUCUUUUGGAGUCUGACUGUUCCAAACAGUCCACUCACCUACAUCUUGUUCUUACAUAUUCUGAUUCUUUUAAUGUGGUGAUUUUUGAGCCCAGUGAGCUGAGAAAAAACCCAUAAAAUGGAAGAAGAGAGAAGGCAGAGUCAGAGCUCAGACCUGCUGUUGAGAACAAAGGCCUCACCUGAUGUCAGAUGGCACGUGUCUCCCUCCACGUUGGUGCUGAUUUGAUUGUCAACUAAAGGAGUGGUGUGUUGGUAUUUUUGAAACUAAUGUUAUAUAAAUAACAAAGUGGCCCGAGGGGCAACAGAAAUGAGGAAACUACCAACAAUGGGAAAAGAAUGGUUGGCAAAGAAGAGAUGGACUAGGCAUGAAGAGUUGGCUCCUAGGAAAAGAAAAUUCCCUGGAUUCUUAUCAUUUGCACUGCAAGUUUCUACAAGAUGCUGCAAACAAAAGAACAUGAUCACAGGAAACCUCAGUUACUUAAAAUAAAUGGUACAUUUGUGGCUGUGUA